AACACCUCGAAGGAGAUGUCGGCAUUCUCUGACUUCCCCUACCCUGAGGACUUCCCGGUAUUCCUGCCCAAUGCCCAGCUCCUGGACUACCUCCGGCGCUAUGCUGAGCGCUUCGGCCUCCGGGAGCACAUCAAAUUUGGGACCACCGUUGUCAGCAUCCGGAAACACCCCGACUUUGCCAGCACGGGCCAGUGGGACGUGGUCACGGAGGCGGACGGGAAGCAGACAUCGCACGUCUUCGAUGCCGUUAUGGUUUGCAGCGGCAAUUUCUCCGAGCCAUUCCUCCCCCUGCACUGUUUUCCCGGCAUCAAGAGGUUUCAAGGCCAGUACUUUCACAGCCGGCAGUACAAGCAUCCCGACGUGUUUCAGGGGAAGCGUGUCCUCGUGGUCGGCAUGGGCAAUUCAGGAGUGGACAUCGCGGUGGAGGCCAGCCGUGUAGCCGCGAAGGUGACUGUUUGCACCGGACGAGGUGCCUGGGUGCUCAGCCGUGUGUUUGACCACGGCUACCCAUGGGACAUGGUUUUCAACACUCGCCUUAUGAGCCUGAUCAGAAACAGCCUCCCUGGACCCCUUUCAUGGGGGUUGAUGAACUACAGGGUGAACCAGUGGUUCAAUCAUGAAGACUAUGGCGUUCAACCAGAGAAGAGCUGCUUGGUGCGCGAGCCCGUGGUGAAUGACGACCUUCCAAGCUACAUCCUGACGGGGAGGAUCACCAUCAAGCCGGGCGUGAAGGAGUUCAAGGAAAACUCGGUUGUUUUCCACAAUUGCCCUGAGGAGGAGCCCAUCGAUAUCGUCGUCUUCUGCACAGGCUACAACGUCUCCUUCCCAUUCCUAGAAGAAGCAGUCGUCAAGGUGGAAAACAAGCACGCGUCCCUCUACAAAUACGUGUUCCCGACCCACCUGGAGAGGCCCACCCUGGCCGUCCUUGGGCUGAUCAAGCCGUUAGGAGGCAUCAUGCCCGUGACAGAGAUGCAAGCACGCUGGGUGACCCGCGUCUUCAAAGGCUUGUGUCAGUUGCCUCCUCAGUCUGUCAUGGAGAAGGAAGUAAACGAGAAGAAGAAAAACCAAGUGCAAAGGUUUGGUCUGUCCUUCGACGAAGUCCUCAAAACCGAUUGUGUGGUCUACAUGGACAAGCUCGCCUCCUUUAUCGGCGCCAAGCCCAGCGUGCUGGGGCUGCUCUGCAGAGACCCCCGUCUGGCCCUCACCAUUUUCUUUGGCCCCUGCACCCCCUAUCAGUACCGGCUGGGGGGCCCCGGGUGCUGGGAGGGGGCACGCCAGGCCAUCCUCACCCAGUGGGACCGGACCCUGAAGCCCAGGAGAACACGAGUCCCCGCUGGCUCCUCCAGCCUCUGCCCUUCUCUCCUGACUGUGGUGGGGUUUCUCCUGCUCCUGGCUGCCCUGGUUUUCGGUUUUCAGUAG